CGAUCAGUCGGUUGGCGCGGCGGUUCAGUGUGUGUUGAUCGGUCGCACGGUACCGGUGUUUCUGUGUGCGACGACGGUCGACCGUUUGGCCCCGUACGUGUAAACGCCGCCCGGCAAUCCUCCCUUGAAAACGUGGUCGGAUUCCGGUGGUCGCGGAUGCGCAAACCGCCGACGUUUCCAGUGUGCGUUACCGUGGAAAACCCCUGUCCGCGUAGAGUGUGCGCGCGCGCGCGGUCGACAGCGGCGGCGGACGAAUCGCGUCGCGGGCACGCGAGCCCGCUGAACAUAGCCUCUCACGUGCGCGUUUGAAUUUUCGAAAAGAGCGGGACCGGUGCGGGUGUGUGUGGUACAGUGCAAAAGGUGGUGCGACUCCUGCACGCGGUGCAUUCCCGUCGUCGAAAACGUCGGCAGAGCCAGCGGAAUGUGGCACGAGAGGGACCAUCUCGGAAGCCAUGCCGGCUGACGAGCAGCCCGCCGGAUCCCGACACAGAGGCAGACCGAGGCAGCAGCCGCCUUAACGAGCCGCCAUUCUCAUUGACAAGGUCGUCCGCGACGGAUCUAAUCAUGCUCACCCGGGCCACGCUUGCCCCGCCAUUACGCUGCCGCGAUCCGUCGUGAUCGUUCCGCGCGACAACUCCUCGCCGACAAGAAGAGGGCAGCGGUUGGAAACACCUGCGGCGUUCGAGCCGCCUCGAGCAGCAGCGGGCGAAAGAAGAAGAAGAAGAAGAAGACGAAGACGAAGAGGACUCCGAGAGCGUACACCGGAAACGCCGAGGGAAAACUGGAUUCGAUCGUGGUUGCCACGGUAUCGGCCGCGUGCGAGGGAAUGAACCGAUAGUUAGCAGUUCCGUUCGUCAACUACCCGCUGGAAACGGUUCUUCGCGCGUCGCACCUCGGCUGGGGACCGAUGCGAUCGUCGGCCGCGCGUUCCGUCCGUCGUUUCCCAUGUUUCUCUGACGGAAGAGAGGGACCUCGGUGAUCGGCGUCGACGUUUAAACGGCGUUAAUAAGACCGGUGGAAUGCUCGUUCCUAGCGCGGGCAUCGCCGGGGAACAGUGAACGACCGAUCGCGUCUCGAUCGACCGAUGAUAUAUAUCCGGCGGUGGCACGGCUCGUUGCAGACGGUCCCGUUCCCAUCAUCCGUGAUCGAGCAGGAAGGAGUGAGCGAGCGAGCGAGCGGCGGCAUCGCGGAAGGAGGCCGAUCAGACCGCGGCCGAGGAUCUAAUCAUGAUCAGGGGCGCAACGUGGCUACCGAUUCCCGCGUCUCGCUUCGCAGAACCGGGCAGGAACAGUCCCAGCGAAGCCUGAUCGCCGGAGGAGGACCUAUGUAGGCGCCGCGGCUGCCCGGGAGUGCGCCGGUCGCCAUGGUCGAGCUGGUGUGCAGCAACUCCUUGAGCCCUGGUACCUAAUUCUCCCCGCGGGCGAGACCCAUCGCGCGGAUCCUCUUCGGGAGUCCCAGCUUCGAGAGAGACUGUUCCCCUUUGUCCCCUGAGUUCCCAGCUUGGAGAAGGCUCGCGGUCGCGCGCAGUCCGGUCGGCGGGAAGAGGUGGCCACGCGUGAAGGGAGGGUCGCGCGAUGUAGCGGCACCGGGGGGAAGGAGAAGAAGACGCUUCUUCCUCCCGCGGCGGGACCCAGCGGCGUCGAGUAAUGCUGAAGCACAUCCUGACGGGGCAACCGUCGUCAGCGGGCUCCAGGCAUCACCAGAAUGACUAUCAGUCGGGCUCGGGCUCGUUGCACGGCGGCCACCAUCAUCACCAUCAUUCCGGCCAUCAUCAGGAUCACCACUACAAUCAGACCGGGAACGUUCGCGGGGGCAACAGCGCCGGCCGGAACGGCAGCGGGGGCGGCGGUGGCGUCGACGUGUACGACUCGGUGGUGGUCCACGCGUCCCAGCAGAGGACCGGCAACCAUCACCAGCCGGCCACCACGCCGUCCUCCACGCACCGGCACCCGCUGAACCAUUCCCAGCUGAGCGUCAACAACCUCUCCCAACGGCUGAACCACAGCCACGCGUUGAACCUGUCCACCCUCUCCACGUCGAAGCACUCGGUGAACAGCGUCAGCCCUGUCGCCGGCGGGAACAACAAUAAUAACAACAACACCAAUAAUAACAACGUGUCGAACACGUUGGGGCACACGGUGGUCAGCCAGGUACCGUUGCACCAGGACAACAGGCCGAAGGUGAACGGCGGCUUCGACAUUUCCAGGCUGUCCAGGUUGCCCAGCCAGGCGACUCCGUCACCGGCACCUGUCCUACAGCCGGCAGCUGCCGGCGGACCGUUGACCGGCGGCGGCGGCGGCGGAUCCACCGCGUUCCCCUUGAACGCCUCUUGGUCGUCUUCAUUGUCGAGGAACCACAAGGAUCAGGAGGCCGGCGCCAAAGAGACACUGACCAGUCUCGGGCUGUUGUGCCUGGUGUCGCUGCUGCUCGCGUUGCUCUCGCUGAUCUUCCUGCUGAAGAUCUCCCCGUUAACCGUGACCCCGAGCAGCCUGAUCAGCCCCGAGGAGUACACGAUCGUGUACGAGGUCACUCUGGCGCUGUGCGCCCUGGCGUUGUCCCUGAACCUGUGCUGCCUGCUCGUGUGCGCCAUACAGUUCCUCUUCACCGUGAAGCUCGUCAAGACCUCGUACCAGGGACACUGGAGUAACAAGUACCUGCAAAAAUCGUCCAUCAGCCGCAUCUGCGCUGUUGGAGGCUUCUUCAUUAGCAUUCCCGUGUUUUUAACUGGUAUGAUACUGUACACGUUCAUCCAGUUCCAUUCGACACCGGCCAUUGUCACGUCGGUUUUCAUAGGACUCGGCAUCGUAUUUUGCGGAUGCGCGAUGGUCCAUAACGUCUUCGUGUGGCAGAGGGAGAAGACGAACGCGGUGAAGGCGUUGGCGCGCGAGCAGUGCGAGGCCGCGGUGCAGCUGCAGCGGCAGCAGCAGCUACAGCAGCACCAGGGCGGCUCCCAUCACCAGCACCAGCAGCAACAGCUGCACCGUGGCCCGUUGACGCACCACGCCGGCUACGCGACGAAAAUCGGCCCCCUGGCCGGCCAGACGAACGCGACGAGCCACUCCAGCCACGGCCGGGCCGCGCACUACCAGCACUACCAUCAUCAUCACCAUCAUCGGCACGUGUCGAUGUCGCCGCCGCCGCUGUUGCUCUCGUCGCCGGCGCCGAUCGCGGCAACGCACAACCACCUGAACGUCAGCAGCCACCGGAACAUAGUCACCCCGCCGGACACGCCGGGCGACAGGUCGCCGCCGAGUCCCGGCAACAAGCUGAACAGGUCCCAGCAUCUGACCAGAGAAGCCAGUGGCAGCGUCAGCCCGGGACUACCGGCUGCCACCUUGGACCUCAGCAGCGCGGCGACCACCAACAGCCCUCACGAGCUCUCCACCUUGGUCUAGGCCAGUGUCCCUCCAGCCGGAGCAGUUUGAAUGAUUCGGAGGGCGAUUGGAGUGACGUUCGUUGUUCUUAACACUUGACGGAUGGUUGUGUAUUUUUUUGGGGAUUUUUGGAGGAGUUGUAAACCUGCGAGCGUUAACCGUUUGGAUGCUAAACUUUUGUGGAUAGUUAGAAAUGCGGAAGUGAUUGAAUAUGCAAAGAAAUUGAGUACUUAUCUAAUGGGAUCACAAAUAUUGUGUUAUUACAAAAGAAUAACGUUUAUUCAAGUAAAUUUGUUUUGAUUUAUUUCUUGAAGAAUAUAGUAAGAAAGUUAUUGUGAAUAAAAAUUAUUACAAAUUAUAGUAAGGAAAUUAGCAGUCCUCAGCACUCAAACGGUUGAAUUAUUGCUGAUUUAUUCAAUUAGUAUCGUUAACACUUUGACUGGUAAACAUUUAUUGAAAGUACUCUUAGUAAUCCAGAAACUAAAGAGUCAAGAUCUAUCUUCCUUGUAUAUCAUGCAUCCAAAACUUUAUUCGAUACAUCAAGAGAAUUCAUGUUUAGAUUAUAUGAGAAAUAGUGACCAAAUUUGGGUGACAUGGCAGUCAAAGUGUUAUAAUGUUGAGAAAUCAGUUUCAUUUCUAGUACUCGUCACUGGCACUAUUGAGUUAACCCUUAGAACUCCAGAUGGUUUUGUAAUCUAUCAGCAACUGCAACUAAUUCUUAUAGUAUCCCUAGCGAAAAUGAAAAACGCUAUAACAUUUCUUAGAUCUUUUAUUUCCCUUAGUGCAAAAUUUGGAUGUGUGAGAAAUCUAAUAAUUAAAUAAAUAUCUAAUAUUAUUCCUGGUGCAAUAUUGGAGCCUACAGAGUUCAAAGGGUUAACAUGAAAAUAUAAUUCUAUAUGUACCGUCCGUCAAGUGUUGAAAGUUCUGGUAAAUGCGCGGUUCAGCUUUUCCCAGCUUUGGACUAUCUUGCUGAGAGGUUUAUUGUGAACUUAAACUUAGUUGCAAUGGAUCUUGUAAGACAGCAUUAAGCAGAUAGUAAGAACUGGAAGAAGUUGGAAUUGAGCGUUUACCAAAAUUCCUAUGUACUGGCAAUAAAUUGUUGAUAUUGUAAUUCUGAUGGUCUGAGAAGACGUCAACGCUGUAGCCGCAUAUAUUGAUGUUGAAGUUUGUUCUUGGUUUAUUACAUCCAAGCGCCUAAACAAUGUUGAGAAACGCUGGUCUAAGGGAGCUCCACGAACACGCUAUCGUCUCCGGCUAGAACAAUUGAACCGACCGUUUCUACGAGCAGUUUUGCACAUUCAUUGGAAAGACAGGCAGCCCUGUUUGCGAGAAAUUAAACGAAUUCACACUUACACAUUCGUACCGAGUUGCUUUGGUCGAUAGUUAUAGAUCGUCGCGCGAGUUCCUAUUUAGAUCUUUCUGAAAGCUGGAAAAGUUUCAUCCAACCAGAAGGUUCACUGUGUCUGAGUAUUGUUCAACGACUAACACGUUCACUAGCGUUUUUCUGUGACCUUCACAAUUGUAAUAUUCUAUCCUCGACAAAGCUUCUAAAAAUUGAAUGUUAAAACAUUAUAGGAACAAUUGAAUUUCCCUUGUAAAAUACAACUGUCACAAAUAUGCGACGCUGGUACCGAACGUGUUAACACUAGGUUUACAUUUAUUGUACAGUUUAUUCUGUUCCUGAAAUUGAUAUUCGUUCAUUUAGAUUUUGGAAAUUAUAAAUGUAGAAAUAGACAAUCAGGAUUCAUAUUCGUAAUUGGAUCAACGAAAACCGAUUGAAACAUUUACCAAAUAUUUAUAAAAUUCAAUCUGCGUCAAAUUGACGCAUUCCGUAAACCUAGUGUUAAGCGACUAAACAUUCGUCAGGGGACCGAUCAUCCAUUCGAAACGCGACGGGUUUCUUGCGGACGACGAGCUUAAAGUUUAGCGUACGAGGAGCCAACUGUUAACGAGCUUCAUGCUUUUGAAUCUACUGAUAAGGAGGGAGGAGCAAGCUUAAAGAUUUCGAAGUUAUUCGUCAGUAUCAUUGAUCGCAAACGAGGCGAUUAAGUUGAUGUUGUUCGCAUGUCGAUGCUAACGGUGUUCCAAUGAAUUAGAAACGUCUCUUGGGGGGUAGCGAAGAACUUGAUGAAGAAUCUUUGUAAGCCAUCCGAAGUGCAGUUCUCAAAAUAUGGAACGUACGAAAUUGAAUAAUGUUCUCCUGCCAUCAGAACUUUUUCUAAAUUAAUGGAACACGAUUUGUACCCGCAUGGAUCUUGCCAUUUCUUUAUUAUUAUUAUUAUUAUUAUUAUUAAUAUUAUUAUAUUUAAUCAUACGAAACCUCUAGUCCUAGGUUACUUUCGCUUACACGAAAGAAUAAGGUUUUCGGAUUUUGACUAUCGCGCGACCACGCGGUUACAAGUUCUUCGCAAUCGUGUCCCGAAGUUAAUAGGGUUCGAAUCUCAUUGAAUCAUUCGAUUUAAUAAUCACAUGUUAACACGUUGAAUUUAUUCAAUUAACACUAAAACUACCGAGCAGUUCAAUUGACUUUUGAAAAUUUCGCUUGUUCAGACUUUAAUUGAUUUACAAUUCAAUUUGCGUAGUGCUAAAUGAAUUUAAUAAUUUC